AUGGCUCUGCUGAAGGUUCUGCUGCUGCUGGGGCUGGGUGUUUCAGUGAACUCAGAUGUUUUUCUGCAGAAGAGAAUCAUUGGAGGUCAAAACUGCCAUGACACGGAGCGUCUUUAUCAUGUUCGGCUGGAGAGCAGCAAUGGUAUUCAUACGACCCUCUGUGGAGGAUCUCUGAUCCACCCUGAGUGGAUCCUGACUGCAGCUCACUGCUGGAAGUCGGAGGAUGGAUGGACUAAUGUAGCAACUUUAAAAGUUCAUCCACAGACUGCUGGGGAGCAGAGACUGGUAAUCCUACAAGCUCCUAAGAUUUAUACGCAUUUCGGCCAGCACCAUGACAUCAUGUUGCUGAAGCUUGAGACACCAGUAACAGAUGUCCCACUUGCUCGGCUACCACACCGCAGGUAUCGUCUUAGAAGAGGCGAUGUUGUUCAGCUGGCAGGAGAGGGAGAAACGACACUCAGCCCCAAUAAUCAGCGAUUGCCCCCUGAUGCUCCUAUUCCAGCACAUCUUCAGUGUGUCAACAUGAAAGUUGAUCAGGUUUCCGUUGUCAUGCCGACGUUUGGCAUUUUAUUCUAUGUUAAAACACCGAACAAGGAUGUAUGCUAUGGCGACGAUGGUGGAGCAGUGGUGUACGACGGCAUGAUUUAUGGUGUGAUUUCUUUUGGUGGACCAUACUACACAUGUCAGAGUCACGCUGCAGUCGUGGAUGUGUGUGAAUAUCUGGGGUGGAUAAAAUUUACAGUUGGGCUUAUUUAAACAUAAACUAUCAUGAAAUAAAAUUCUCAUCAAAUUUCCUCUCACAUAUAAUUUUAUAAUUGUAUCUUCAUCUUUUUGAUGCACAUGUUUGUAGAAUUAGAAUAAAUUGUUUUGUUUUAUUUUUCUCACCUGAUCUUGACCUCCCUAAUGGAGCUUUCUCUGCCUCAGAAAGUCAAAAUAAAUCAAUAAAUGCAUGAAGAA